AUGCUCGGUUGGGGGAGUCCAAGGCCAAAAGCGACGUCGCUUCUAACAGCGGCUGUCCUGCUCUUCAGUCACCUUGCUCCUGUGGUUGUUGGACUGAGGACGGCGCCAGGUUCACCGUGUGCCAGCGUCUGCAACAAAUCAUCAUCCAACACCACAGGGUCCGAGAUUGUUUGUCUCGACCAGCAAUAUCGCGACACCACCAAAGGGUACGAUUUUCAGGAAUGCCUGGAGUGUCAAUUGCAAAGCAGCUAUAGCGAUCCACAUUCCGGACAGACGGACUUGAAUUGGGGACUUUACAACCUCCGAUAUGCCUUCAGCAGCUGCGUGUACGGAUAUCCUGAGCAGGUCACUAAUAAUUCUUCUCCCUGUGUGGUUUCGUGUCAGCCAUUAGACUCAGCGCUUGAGUUUGACUUGGUAGAUCCCAGCGGUGUCAACUUCGAUACCUGGUGCAGUGCAUCGUCGUUUGCCGACAAUUUGAUCAGCCAAUGCGAGUUCUGCUAUAAUUUGACCGGCAAUGGGACCGAUUCGCAGGUCUAUCUCUCCAACUUUUUGGAAGCCGCUCGAUACAACUGCCAUUUCCGAACGCCUUCUGAUAGGGCGUUUCCCAUCAGCCCAAGCCGAAUCUUUAACGAGACCAUGCUGCCGCAAUCGACUGUCGAUCUCAUCUCGCCCUCAGCGGCUGCCAAUUCAGGAAGCAGUCAUCUGGCUCUGGUCAUUGCACUCCCGAUCCUGGGAUUCGUGAUACUCCUGUGCGUGCUGGCAAUAGGCUGCUUCUUCUGCAUUCGCUGGCGCCGCAAGAAGGCGCGCCAGAAUCAUCGAUCGAGCCAUCUUCAUGCACGAUGGAAUGAUACCACCAUAAGCACUCCAGCUCCCGGGACAUGGGGCGAGUACUCUCCUCAAAACGGCGUGUACAAUGCAGCGAUUCAUCCUCCAGGUCAAGGGACCGGCUUCAACUUUAUUGAUACAGACGGCCGUAGUCAGGAGGUGGGAUUCUCAAAGUCCAAUUAUGCGGAGGUCACGCAAGCCCCCGUGACAGUUCCGGCGGCGACGCAUUCUCCAGAGCACGAGAAGGCAUACGAAACUCAUACAUACUUCCCGGAUCGCACUGGUUCGCCACCACAGAAACAGUGA